CAGCGGCCAGGCAUAUUUAAAUUCGCGGCAGAAUUCGAAGGGGGAGCAUAUAGGUCGUGUGAGAAGCUUGUAAUAAGAUUUGGAAUAACGCUCUUGACGUCUAUUAGUUUUUCCAUAUUCGAAGCUGCAGGCUAUGAAGCUUAUGGUACUGAAACUCCUAGCUUUCGUGUUCCUUUGGUUGUGGUGGAGUACUUGUAUUCAUGUUAAAGCAGAAAAUGAUCGUUUAAAGCCUGGUGAUUCACUGAAUUUUUCACAAUCACUAAUUUCUAAAAGCGGCAAAUAUUCAACAAUAAUUUUUCGUAUUCUUGAUGAGGAUGAAUAUCACUUAGGAAUACAGUCAAAAGAUAAAAAUUUUGAUUGGGUCGAAAUUAGAAAACCUUUUAGCAAGGAUUAUGAAUUUCUAUCACUAAACACCUCUGGCGUGCUGAAAAUAGAAUCUCGAUACGGGAACAAACCAAUAAUCCUUUAUUCUCCACCUCAAGCUAUCAAUAACACUAUGGCCAUCUUGUUGGACACAGGGAACUUUGUUCUUCAACAACUUCACCCCAAUGGGACAAACACUUUGUUGUGGCAGAGUUUUGAUUAUCCCAGCACUUUGAUCCCCACCAUGAAGCUAGGUGUUAAUCACAAAACAGGCCAUCAAUGGGUACUGGUUUCAUCUUUGACUGAUUUAGUUUUGAAUCCCGGUGCCUUUAGUCUUGAAUGGGAACCCAAGGGACAAGAACUGGUCAUAAGGAGACGCGGAAAAGUUUGUUGGCGAAGUGGGAAACUGAGAAACAAUAGAUUUGAGUACAUUCCGGAGGAAGCACAACGCAUGUUGAAGUAUACUAUUGUGUCUAAUGGGGAUGAAGACUCUUUCUCUUUCAACUCUACGAAUGACAAGCUUACACCACGGUGGUCUUUUAGUAGAAGUGGGCGGUUAUCUUGCAACGAAGGAUAUGUAAAGGCGGAUCUGUGUUAUGGAUAUAACAACACUGGAGGGUGCCAAAGAUGGCAAGAUUUACCAAAGUGUAGGAAUCCUGGCGAUUUGUUUGUGAAAAAGACUCUUUUCCCCGAUUAUGAAAAUGUAACUUUUGAAAUGAAUCCGGCUUUUGGCUACAGUGAUUGUGAGGCCAGUUGCUGGAGCAAUUGUAGUUGCGAUGGAUUCAGUGCAUUAUGGGUUAAUGAAACUGGAUGUACAUUCUAUCAUUGGAAUUCAUCGAAAAAUUUUGUUGACACUAGUGUUGCUGGUGUAGAGCUUUACAUGCUGGAGAACACAGGCAACAUAACCCCGCAUAACGGUACAAAAAGGUGGAUAUGGUUAAGUGCAGUAAUAGCAACUACUUUACUAAUAAUAUUCCUGUCCAUUCUGUGCCUAUUGAAGAAACGAAAAUAUUUGGGUCAAGAGAAGAAACGGAAAGAAAUGGUGAUGAAGAUGCCACAUUCUACAAUUUGUGAUGGGUUAUCUUCAAUCGAAGAUUUUGGAAAUGUUUUCAAAAAGGGACACGAGUUAAAUGUAUUUGAUUAUACAUUAGUUAUGAUGGCUACAAAUGGGUUUUCAUCUGAAAAUAAGUUAGGACAGGGAGGCUUUGGACCCGUUUACAAGGGAAUUCUGCCAACAGGGCAGGAGGUUGCUGUAAAAAGACUUUCAAAAACUUCUACACAAGGAAUUAUGGAGUUUAAAAAUGAACUAACACUUAUAUGUGAACUUCAGCACAUGAAUCUCGUACAACUACUUGGUUGUUGCAUUCAUGAAGAAGAGAAGAUUCUAAUUUACGAAUAUAUGCCCAACAAAAGCUUGGAUUUCUAUCUAUUCGAUAGUAGUAGAAGCAAAUUACUAGAUUGGAAUAAGCGCUUCAACAUAAUAGAAGGAAUUGCUCAAGGAUUACUUUAUCUUCACAAGUACUCAAGACUCAAAGUCGUUCACAGAGAUUUGAAAGCUAGUGUCAUACCCUAAUUUCGUCCGGGGACCUUUGCUUGAUGACAUGCGA